ACACCUGAACCACACACCAAUCCAAAUUAACACCAUAACAGCUAGCUCAAUCAAUUUUUGAUCAUGUAUACUUCCACCGGACAACCGCAAUAUGUUACCGGCGUCCCAGCUCAGCCCAUGACGGCCCCUAGCCAAUGGUCCACUGGCCUUUGCGACUGCGGCAAAGAUUGCUCCAGUUGUUGCUUGACGUGUUGGUGUCCAUGCAUUACUUCUGGACGAAUUGCUGAGAUUGUCGACAAGGGAACUACUUCUUGUGGUGUGCACGGGGCCAUUUAUUCGAUACUUUGUCUACUCACCGGAUGCGAAUGCAUAUAUUCAUGUAUGUUUCGCUCUAAAUUAAGGCAACAAUACAUGUUGCCUGAGCAACCUUGCAACGACUGCCUUGUCCAUUGUUGUUGUGAGUGGUGCGCUCUUUGCCAGGAGUAUCGUGAGCUUAAGCAUCGUGGAUUCGAACCAUCUCUUGGAUGGGAAGGAAAUCUGGCGAGGCAGAAUCAAGGAGUCGUGAUGCCGCCUGUUGGUCCUAAAGAAAUGAAACGUUGAUUUGGUUAUGAGCCAAAGAAAUUUAGUAAUCGAUUUGUGAUAACUCAUAUAUUUUUGCCUUUGCUCUUGUUUCUGUCAUGUCAACAAUAGUACACUUCUUUUUAAAGUUUUGGAACAAAAUAAGUGUAAUUUUAGAUAUGAAUAGUUAGAACAUCAUAGCCCUUUAAAUUUCAAA